AUGAACGAACUCCCGUUACUGAGUUACAUCAACCAGCAGGGCCGCAUAGUCCCUCCCGUCGACCCGGGAACCACGGCUUCUGUGUUCGCUGUACUCGAUAAGAACAAGAAAGUGCAGUAUAUCGGGUUCUCCAAGGACGUGCGAAACUCGCUGCGAACGCUUAUGGGACGGCGCCCCGAGUUCUGCUACUAUUACAAGCUCUACAACCUGUCGACCAUGGACCAGCAGCAAAUGAUCGACAUCCGCGCGCAUUGGUUCUCGGAGAUGGGACUUCCGCCGGUGGGCAACACGGACCCGAUCCAGAGGGGGUACUGGGAGCGGCCGGCGGACGCGGGGUCGAUCUCGGAGAGAGGCAAGGUGGCGGCUGCGCAGUCCAAGGCGAAGACGCUGCUGCAGAUGAUGGCGGACCGCGGCCUCAAGGAGGAGAUGGAGUAUGACCCGAAGCUCAUUGAGGAGGGCAAGUGCGACGUGCUGCCGUCCAAGUCGCAGUCAGCAGAGGAGCUGGCGGCGGCAGCAGCGGAGCAGGAGGCGUCAGCAGCGCGGGUGGUGCGCAUCACAGAGACAGCGCCGUCAGGCGAGGUGAUCGAGUUCGACCUGGAGACGGACGACAAGAUCAAGACGAACGGCGGGUGGAUGUACGACAUCUACGUCACCAAGGACGACAAGGAGACGCGCCACCGCAUCGUGCUGGGGCGGGUUUAUUCCGAGGCCGUCAACCUGCCAGAGGAUGCUGUCAUUGCCAGGAUCAUUGCGUUCCUCCUGUACAAGCGCAUCCCGCGGCAGACGGAGGGGGUGCUAUCCAGCGAGCAGUUCCCCAUCAACUACUUUGCAGUCUCAGAAGUGGCGCAGAAGUUUGAGGACCUCGGCGAGUGGUUCUCCGGGGGAGACCUGCCGGACAGCUACUGGCGCUUCAACCGUAUCCACGAGUACGGCAAUGUCACCGCGCCUGUUUCCACACAGGAGGCGCCGCAGCUUUACUCGCCAAAGUAUUGA